CGUGAAUGCGGCUGUGAGAGGACCAGUCUGUUAGCUGUGAUUAAUAGCCCGGUGAUUACUGAAGAGCGCGCGGACACCGUGAGAGCCGCAUGUCGGAGCACCGCGGGGAAAAAUCACGCAGAAUCACGCGCUAAUCGUGUCACCGGUUUGCUGCAAACUCCGAGCCGGUUGGACAGGCGAGUAGACCAGGAGGACAGUGGAACAUGUCCAUUCCAAUAAGUGAAGCAGAGGUGAAGGUAGCUGAAUGGCAAAAGACGUAUUAUGCAGCAGAUUCUGGCAUCCAAUCAGGAGCCACGACUGUAAACGAUGAGGAACAAUCAGAGAUCAGUGCUAAAACAUUUACCUUGGACGACUGUAGUGCAGAUUUUGAUGCGCAGUUGGUUCUGACCCGAGCUCAGCGUGUAAGGGCGGCCAUGUUUCCUGAGACGUUAGCAGAGCGUGAGACACUAGCAACAAGUGACUCACAGUCCAACGUUCAGCGUCUGACUGAACCCUCACACCUCCUGAACAAAGCCAUUGUUCAUCUGAUCAACUACCAGGAUGAUGCUGAACUCGCUAAACGUGCAAUGCCAGAACUCAUCAAACUACUGACUGACGAUGACCAGGUGGUGGUGAGGAAGGCAGCUCUGAUCGUGAGCCGCCUGGUCCGUAAUGAUGCUUCCCGGCAUGUGAUGAUGCAGACAGCGGUGAUGAUGUCAUCGAUGCUACGUGUGAUGCAGAGCUCAAGCGACAUGGAAACGAUUCGCUGCAUGGCCAGCAUCCUGCACUGCCUAUCUCACCAUCACCAGGGCCUGAAUGCCAUCUUCACUGCCGGGGGCAUUCCCGCACUCAUCAACAUGCUCAGCUCUCCCGUGGAGGCGGUGCUAUUUUACUCCAUCACUACACUCCACAACCUCCUGCUCCACCAGGAUGGCUCCAAGAUGGCAGUGCGAAUGUGUGAUGGCCUGCAGAAGAUUGUUCCUCUGCUCAAACACACAAACCCAAAGUUCCUUGCUAUCACCACCGACUGCCUGCAGAUCCUGUCCUAUGCCAACCAGGAGAGUAAGCUGAUCAUACUGGCAAGUGGAGGUCCUGAGAGUUUAGUGUACAUCAUGAGGAACUAUAACUAUGAGAAGCUGCUGUGGACAACCAGCAGAGUGCUGAAGGUGCUGUCUGUGUGUCCCAGCAACAAACCUGCCAUCGUCAACGCAGGAGGCAUGCAGGCUCUCGCUCUGCACCUGACCGGUUCCAGUGCUCGUCUUGUGCAGAACUGUCUCUGGACUUUGAGGAAUUUGAGUGAUGCUGCCACCAAACAGGAAGGUCUGGACUCUCUGCUCCACAUCCUCGUGACUCAGCUCGGCUCAGACGAUGUUAACAUUCUGACGUGUGCUACAGGAAUCCUUUCUAACCUGACGUGUAAUAAUGCACGCAAUAAGUCACUGGUGGUGCAGCGUGGUGGUGUGGAGGCCCUUAUCAACGCUCUUCUGCGAACCACAGUGAAUCAGGACGAGGCUGAGCUAGCCGUAUGUGCUGCGGUGAAUCAGGACGUGGCUGAGCCAGCUGUGUGCGCCCUACGCCACCUCACCGGCCGCCACCCGCUUGCUCAGACAGCACAGAACGAAGUGCGAGUUCACUAUGGCAUCCCAGCUGUCAUCAAGCUCCUAGGGCAGCCACACUACUGGCCGGUCGUCAAGGCUAUUGUUGGUCUGAUCCGUAAUUUGGCACUGUGCCCAGCCAAUCAGGCGCCUCUAAGGGAAGCAGGUGCAAUACCACGACUGGUUAACCUGCUGCUGAAGGCUCAUCAGGAUCUACAGAGACUCAGCACACAGAACACCUACCAGGAUGGGGUUAGUAUGGAGGAAAUAGUAGAGGGCUGCACCGGAGCAUUACAUAUUUUGGCCAGGGAUCCAAUUAACCGGGGUGAAAUCGCCAGCAUGCAGACCAUCCCUCUGUUUGUACAGUUGUUGUACUCGUGUGUUGAGAGUGUGCGGCGAGUGUCAGCUGGUGUUUUGUGUGAACUCGCUCUGGAUAAACACUCGGCCGAACUAAUCGACGCUGAAGGAGCUUCUGCUCCGCUGAUGGAGCUACUGCACUCCACUAAUGAAGGGAUAGCCACCUAUGCUGCCGCUGUGCUCUUCAGGAUCUCAGAAGACAAAAAUUUGGACUACAGGAAGAGAGUAUCAGUGGAGCUCACACACUCACUGUUCAAACACGACACACAUGCCUGGGACAUGGCACACAGUGCAAUGACUCUCGAUCAUGGCUACGUACAAGAUGAAGGCGUGUCCUCUCUGUAUGUUUACUCUGACCUUCCUGUCGAUGCUCUCCCUCUGGAUCCUGAUGUCCAUGAGCCAUAUGUGCCAGAAAUGGCCUUUGACCCAAGACAUGUUUACCCAGAACCCCUUUAAAAACUGAAUCAGUAAGCAGGAGGGUGUUGGACACAUGGACAUGAAGCCUGAGGACCUGUGGAGAUUAAAACAGACAUCGUGAAAUGAUCUGGGAACAUAUGAAUAAAAAAGAAAAAACACUUAAAAUAUAAACCAAAAAUAUUAGCCAGUGGAUAAUCAAUGGUGGAACUUGAAAACAUGGAGGUUGAGCUUAAGGACAUGUGAUUGGGGCUUCAGGAUAUGUGAUUGGGGCUUAAAGACAAGCUGAGGUAAAAUUAUAGGUAAUAUGGAAGCAGGGCGCGUUGAUGUCAGGAGUAAGUGCUUGUGGAAAAAUGAGUGGGGCUUGAGAGUUUAAGAUCAUGUGAACAGGGCUUAAAGGGGGAGUUAUAGAUCCUGGAAAAACUUUGGUAUUAUUUGACCCCCCCUUAAUUUUUAGGUGUGUAAAAAACUAACGAAAUCAAAAGAAAAACAUUAUUAUUAUUAUUAUUAUUAUUAUUAUUAACUGUCAAGAAGGAACAGAAAACAGAGCGACUGGUUCAUCACUUCUCAUGGUUUUGAGCUCAUGGAGGUCACUCUACUGAUGAACUGUGACUCAGGAGAGCGCUCACUCGGUUAGACUCACAAUCACUCCUGGAGCUCGGCAUCCCACCAUAAAAUAACGACUUUGGAGCUGUCUUGCUGGCUGACUUCCAGGCCUGGGGUAAACCAGGUAAAAGAGGCAGAUAGAGAGUGCUCUCUGUUUGGUUAGUUGAAUCGAAUCUCAUGCAGGGGGUUAAGGAGCUCAUCACACAGGCAUAAAAAUCUAAUUAUCCCAGGCGUCACAUAUUUAAAUGCUCUGGGAUAGCCAAACUUUACAUGGCCCUUAGUUCAUCCAUUACUGAUAUAAGGACAUGUAGAGGUGGAACUUAAUAUUAAGUGAGAGUAAAGCUUAAUGACACAGGGGUGAAGAUUUACAAUGUGGGUAUGGUGUUAAGGCCAUGUGGCGGUGGAGCUUAAGAAUGUGUGGGGUGGAGCUUGAUGACAUUUGGGUGGAGCUUAAUAUUGUUUCAAGGUGGAGCUUAAUGACAUGUGGGUGGAGCAUAUGGAUAUAUGUGAGUGGAGCUUGACAUUGGAAGGCAGAGUCUGAGGAAUAUGGAGAACUGAAGAGUUUCACUUUUUUCUGCUUGUUAAUGAUACUGUUCCUCUAAGAGAAGAAAAACUACUGCUGAAAUCUGCAUGUGUUUACGUAAUGAACAGAUUUUAUAUGAUGGCACCUGUACUGUCUGUUCUGUCUCUGUGAUUAUAUUUGUGUGUGAGUGUGAGUUCAGCUCUCGGUCAGAAGAUUUUGGAAAAACAAGUCUCUGAAUCAGCAUUACUUUACUGUAAACACUUCUUCAGGAAUUUCACAUUACAUAAAUAAAUGUAGCAUUGUUAGUCCUCUCUGCUGGAGAAGAUCAGGUUUAAUGGUGUUUAUGAGGGGAUGGGCAUCAAUUUAUGUUUUCCAUCAGGGUUUUUUUCUGAUUGAUAUUAAAGACCACCAGAAUCCAGUAAGGCUUUCCAUUAAUUACAUUAAUCCACUAGUAGAGUCCACUAGAGACACAUUUAUUAAACCAUUAAAGAUCUUCAGUGGGGAUUCAGCCCUGGUGUGAAGAGUGUCUUCAUAAAAAAAAAUUAUUAAUUAAUGAAAAAAAAGUUCAGUAAAGCUAGCUAGUAUGAGACUGCUUGUUUUAAAUAAGCUUGAAAAAGCUUAAUAGCUAGUGAGCUAAAAAAAAUUAAAUGCUAAUUAACUCGCUAGCUCAAAAGGCACAUUAGCUAGCUAGCUUUUAAACAGCAGCUGUAGUUUUUGAAGUAAGCAGUUUGUGUGUGUGUGUGUGUGUGUGUGUGUGACAGUAUUGUGACUGAAUGAGGCUUUGAGUUUAAUCUUAGAGUUAAACACUGCUGCAGUGUUUCAUGGUGUUUAAUGUGUUCCUGUCUAAAAACAGGAAGCUGUAAAGCACAUAACAGUCUGAUCUGAGAAAAAAAAAUACUUAUUUUAUACACAUG